AUGGUCGCGUUAAAACCGUUGUUGCUAGGCAUAGCCACCUUUUUUGGAUUUGCCGCAGUGGUAGUGGUCCUAGGCCUCAUUCCUGUAUAUACAAAAAGUAAUGCUACCUCUACUACAGCCGCAACUACAACAAGUACAACCACUUCCGUGACCACUGUCACAACAACAACUACCUCAAUUACUACCACAACGUCGACUAAUGCAACGUCCUCACUAGUGAACACGACAGCUGCCACCACCGCCACUGUAACGAACACAACAUUCUUCACAAACAACACAACGUCAGUCACAACAAUCUUUAGCGCGAAUACAACAGUAACAUAUACCAACAGUACAUCAACAAUAAUGAAUACAACCGCAACAUCGAACAAUAUAACAUCAUCCAUCUCGAAUACCACGGCCUCCACCACAGUUCUCGUAACCAACACAACUCUCUCUCCCGCCAAUACAACAGCUGCGUGGAUCAACGCAACAUCAUCCAUCUCAAAUACUACCGUUGCGACUACAGUUCUCCCAGCCAACACAACGUACGCUACAUUGAAUACUACAACCACAUGGAACAACACAACAUCAUCCCUGUCGAAUACUACAGCUGCAAGUACAGUUCUCCCAGGCAAAAUAUCAUCUGCUAUAUUGAAUGCCACAACGAUAUGGAACAGCGUAACAUCAUCCACAUCGAAUACCACGGUCGCAACCACAAUCCUAGCAACGAUCACCACUGUCUCCACAGUCAAUAUGACAUCGGCAUGGAACAACGUAACAUCAUCCAUGUCAAAUAGUACAGCACCAACUACAAUGCUGCCGGGGAACGCAACGUCUGCUUCAAUGAAUUCCUCAGCCGCAUGGAGCGCAGGAACAUCAUCAAUGUCCAAUACUACAGCACCAACUACAAUGCUGCCGGGAAACACAACGUCUGCUUCAACGAAUCCGGCAGCCGGAUGGAGCGCAGGAACAUCAUCAAUAUCGAAUACUACAGCACCAACUACAAUGCUGCCGGGAAACACAACGUCUGCUUCAACGAAUCCGGCAGCCGGAUGGAGCGCAGGAACAUCAUCAAUGUCGAAUACUACGGCACCAGCUACAAUUCUACCUGGUAGCACAACGUCUGCUCCAACGAAUUCCUCAGCUGCAUGGAGCGCAGGAACAUCAUCAAUGUCGAAUACUACGGCACCAGCUACAAUUCUACCUGGUAGCACAACGUCUGCUCCAACGAAUUCCUCAGCCGCAUGGAGAGCAGGAACAUCAUCCACCUCCAAUACGACAGCACCAACCACAAUUAUACUUAACUGCACAGGGUCCGCUCCAAUGAAUUCCUCAGCCGGAUGGAGCGCGGGAACAUCAUCAGUGUCCAAUACUACAGCAGCAACUACAAUGCUCGCAACGAAUGCAGCGAUUGCUGGGAUGAAUAUAACGGCAGCCGGAACGAUAGUAGCGGUGAACUCAACAUCAUCGGCAACUACAGGUGUGGCAAUUAACACAGCUUUUUCUGCAGUGAAUACGACUGCAGGAACAACGGUCGGUGCAGGAAAUACAUCGGCUUCUGUGAUGAAUGGUAUAGCAACCUCAACAGUAGUAGCCCUCAACUCAACGUCGGCUGCAAUGGGUACAGCACCAGUGGCAACAAUAGUAAGUGCUACAGCAAGUGCAGGAGGAGGUACGGGUAGUACUAUGGGAGCAUUGAGGAGUAAUACAGUGUCACCGACUGUAGUUGAAACGAUGAAUGCAAUGUCAUCAGUGAUAAAUACGGUGGCGGUAACUACUGGCACAAUAAUCAAUAGCAUGGUUGGAGCUACGUUAGCAGGUACUAGUGCAGUAACUUCAUCGAUGGAAGCACUGACAAAUAUGACAGUAGCAAGUACUGUAGGAAUGAUGCAAACAUCUGUUCCCAGCGUAACACCUAGUGGUGCCUCAAUGGGGAGUGCAACAUCAGGACCUACAGUAAUGGCAAUGAAUGUAUCCGCACCCUCAACGGUAUCCCCUGGCGUGGCAAUGGGAGGAUCAACGAAUACAGGUCUAUAUACUAUAGCUGCAAGUACAGUAGGGCAGUCUGUGAGCGUGACUGCUGCGAAUAGUGCAACAGAUACAGCGACUAGUACAAUGCAUACGCAUUCUACUGAUGCAACCUCAAUGAUAAUUAUGUCAAGUACGCCAUAUUCAAUGUUGAGUUCCCCAGAUUACGGUAUAAAAACUACUGUUUUACCAACUCUAACGGGAUCAACAUCGGAAAUGACAUUAAACCCAGUCACCGUGGUUUCUAGUCUUGGUGUACUAACAACAACAGUUCCAAAUUCACAUGUCAAUUCACAAAAUAAUAGUAAAGAAUUUCUCACAUUGUGUACAUCGCCUCUACAUAACAAAGCUGAUUAUAUAAUUCAAUGGAUUGAAUUUCAUCGAUUAGUUGGAUUUCGUAAAUUUAUCAUUUCGGCUUGGCCAAAUGAAGCGUCCAGCUUCGAGCUAACAGCACGAGCUAUUCCAGAAGGUAGUUUGCAGAAUGAUGUCUUAAAUCCGAAUCGAAGUUUAAAAGUUCAAUACUCGACUGGUCUUUUCGACUUAUACAUGUACGGCACGAUGGAAACUGAAAGCUAG